AUGAUGAGAAAAAAAAAAAAGAAUGAUCAUAUAAAUGCUCAUAUGAAUCAUAAGGAUACUUAUGAUGAAGGAGAGUUUUUAAAUAGAAAGAUGGUUGAUGGAUUAAAGCAAACAGAUUUUUGCCCUUUAGAGAAAAAUAUAAAUAAGGACAUUCCUUUUUUCAUUAAUUAUGAUAUAUUAUUAAAGAAUUGUAAGCAAGAUAAAAAUUAUCUUGACCUUAACUUGGAAAUUAAUUAUAAUUUGGAAGAAAUAAUCGAGAAUAAGGAUAACCUUAUCAGAUGUUUACAUAGGAAGAAUCCUAUUGAACAUGUCAAAGGGUAUAAAAGGGAAAUACCUGAUGAUUAUAUGAAAAACAAAAAAUACUAUUACGACAAUAAUAUAUAUCAUCAUAAAAAUGAUGAAUAUUAUCAUAAUAAUAAUAAUAUAUAUAAACAAAGGGAUGAUAAAUAUGAUCGUAAUAAUUACUGUAAUAAUUUUAAAAAGGGUUUUACAAAUAUAUUAGAAGAUAAGAAAAAUAAGGAAAAAAAUUAUUAUACUGAUACUUCAUAUUCUGAUGAUGAAUUAUCAUACUCAGAUAAUGAUUAUUAUUCAGGUAGUUCUGUAAAUUCUUAUAAAAAUGAAAAUAACAAAUCUUUUAAUUUUUCUCAGAGAAUUACAUAUGAUAAUAAUUUGAUGGAUAAAAUUAAUAUAUAUGAUAAUAUAACAAAUUAUGUUUAUAAUAAUAAUAAUAAAAAUAAUUGUUAUUAUGAAAAUAUGGAUAAACAAAAUAAAGAUUGUUAUAAUUAUAAAAAUGAUAUAAAAUAUAUAAAUCAUAGGGAUACUGUUCUUAAUGGCCGUAAAUAUAUAGAGGAUGGAAAUUAUAUAAAUGUUAAAAAUAGAAGAACAGAUAUCAUUCAUUUUAUUAAUCAAACGUACAAAGAUAAGCUAAGUAGCAAUAAAUGUCAUACAUCCUUUAUUCAAAAUAUAAAACAUACUAACCAUGAAACGGAAAAAACAGAACCUUCCAACUUUUCUGGAUAUAUCCAGCAUAGCAUGGAAAAGGAUUAUAGGCGAAAUUUGACUGAUAGGUCUAUUAUUUUUAGUAACCAUGUGGAGAAAAACGACGCCUCUUCAAUAAACCUUGAUUUCUUAAAAAGUAGUAAUACAUCAAACUGUAAAAAAAUGGAAAUAGAUAUUUUAAACAAAUAUGAAAAGAUAAUGAAAAUUAUGAAAUAUUUAAGAAAGGUUAAAAGUAAAUAUCCUGAAAUAGAAACUACUGUCUCCAUUUUAUCAAACCAUAUAAAAAAUGUCACUUUUAAUUGUGAAAAAAUGUUUGAGUCAAGAUAUCUGUUGAAUGAGUUUUUAAAAAAGCUAUAUAUAUAUCAAAUAUAUAUUUUAAAAAAAAUCGUUUUUAACAAAUCAGAUAUUCUAAAAAAUGAUGAUACUCUAGAAUAUUACAACAAGCAUUUUCAUACAAAUAAAAUGAGAUUUAUUUCAACUGAUAGGAUAAAUAAUAGUAAUGAUCCAAUAACAUUCGAAGAUAUUAAAGAAAAUUCCUCUUAUUCAAUAAGAAAAUUAAAUGAACAAAAGGAAAAUAUAUUUAGAGAAAAGGGAUACAAUGAAAGACAUAAAACUAAAGAAUAUACAAAAGAUAACAAAUAUAAUAACGUGGGUGGAUGUAAGGAGAAUUACCAAUAUACAAAUGAAUAUAUGAAAAGGGGGAAUAAAAAUGAUAUAAAAAAUAAAUAUAUAAAUCAUGACAAUAAUAAUGUUAUUAAUUAUGAUAACAAUUGUAUGUAUAUUUUGAAUAAUGAUAUCAAUAAGAAUUCUGGUUAUUCUGAUAAACUGAAGAAUAAAUACAAAGAGAAUUAUAUAAACAAGAUAUCGAAUUUGGAAAUGAUUGAUAAAAAUGGAAAAAAAUAUAAUUUAGAUGACAUGCAUCAAAUAAAUAAAAACAUUUCAAAUGAAAAAAGAGAAAUUCUUAUUGAUACAAAUGAAAAAAAAAAUAUAUCAUAUAAGACGUUAUUAAUAUCUGAAAAUAUGGAAAAAAAUAAUAAUAAUUUCGAUCAUAAGAGAGAUAAAUCAUUUUCUAAAAAUAAUGUAAAUGAUAAUUAUACUAUUAAAGAUAAAUCAUUAAUGAAUAAGAUGGAUAAUAUUCAAAAUAAAAAAUUUUUUAAAAAUGAACAAAUUAAAAAUGAGAAAAUCAUUUAUGAUAAUAUAAAAAAGAAGGAUUACUUGAAUGUUAUAGAUGAAAAAAAAGAAGAAGAAAAAAAUCCUUUAUUAGAACAUGAAUUAAAUUUAAAGGCUCUCAAUUUAGAAAGUAAAGAUUUGGCAAUAAAACAAAAUAUAAUGAAAGAAGAGAUACAUAAUACUUCAUAUGUUAAUAAGAAUGAGAAUAAAAAAACGCAUGUGUUAUAUAAUGACGUAAAUAAAGAAUUGAGUGCUAUUUCGAAUAGAGAUUCUGUUAUACAUGCAUUGAAAUAUACACUAUUAAAUAAACCUCAAAAUUUUACUACCCUGCAAAAUUUUUUAUUUAAAAUCGAUGUUGAGUUUGUUGAGUACAAGAAUUUUGUUCUAUUAAUAAGUAAGAGUGUCAGGAAGUUACAUUUAGAAGCAUUGUAUGGAUUAAAUGAUUUUUCAAUAUUUGAAAAGGUUUAUGGGAAAAAGGCUGCGCCUCGAUUUUUGAUAUCAAAGAAAGUAAAAAUGUUCUAUAAGUAUGAUAAAUUUUAUCAAAAAUUUAGGGAACUUGUAAAUGUAAGGGAAUUCAGCGGUAUUACUGAUGCAGUAGAAGUAAUUUAA